AUGAGUGGCAUCAAGACCGCGACGAGAGUGCGCGGGGAUGCCAUCACGAACGCGCGCCACUCUACGAAGGGAGCCGAGGGGGAACAACCGCCGGAAAAGACAUCGUCACCCACCGCGACGACGAAGCGACGAGAGCGCGAAUCGAGCGAACGGGAUGACUGGAACGAAAAUUAUAGCGAGCACGCGCGGUGUAACGCGCUCAGGAUUGGCGCGAAACGCGAUUUUGCGGCGGCGGAAUCGAUCGGGAUACGCGUGAGAGGUUGGGACGAGAAGGACGUUCGGGACGCGGGCCGAGCGUCCUUUGUGGGCGGGUCGUACGAGUUUUUAAAACCGAGCGCGAGCGCGGCGACGUUCGGCGCCGGGUUCGUCCCGAACGGAACGGCGAGUGCGAGUGGUCGCCUGUCGUUGUCUGCGUCGCCGGGACGCGCGGGGGAGAUUCGACAGAGCGUACACAAGGUGGCGCGACAAAAAGGCGUCUCGAGCGGUCGCACGUACACGAGCAAGUAUCGCGGCGUCCAUCAAACGUUUCCCACGGGGCGUUGGGAGGCACAGUUCCGCCGCAACGGCAAACCCACAUCUUUGGGUUGUUUCGAUCGCGAAGAAGAGGCGGCAAAGGCGUACGAUCGCAUGAUGCUUUGGUGUGAAAUGCACGCCAGUCAGCUCGCCGUCGUAUCGGCGUCGCCGCAAAAGCAAGGCGCGGCGCAGUUAAAUUUCGACGUCGCGACGUAUACCAACGACUUGCACGCCCUCGAGCACAUGUCUCAGGAUGAUUUAAUGUUAGAGCUGCGCCGAUUGGGGCGCGCGCAGGCGGGAGGGCAGCAGGUUGCGUUCGUCCCGUAG